CUUAACAGGUGUUAAGCUCAUUGCCGUAGUCCACCAGUACCUCCACAUCCGCGACCAUUUCAUCCAAUAAUAUCUCUUGUCUUAAUUUGAAGCUCCGCUAUCAUGCAUGAUGGCGGAGCCUGUCAUAAUGGAGCCAUGUCCUUAUAUAAAACUUAGAUAAAACACUAAGCCUCGGGUUUUUAUCUCUUUGAUUCGGGUUUUAAAUCUCAUAUAAACCCUCUGACCUGUUUUAUCCUAUACAUAAAGGGAAGUAGAAAAUGAUGAUUAAAGUUGUUUUCUUGUGACCGAAUGACAUUGCAAGUAAUAAUAUUACAAAACGUCAUUUAUACUAAUAUGACAAAUAGAAGGUAUAUAUUGAAUGUGUUGUAUGGAAUGGUAGUUUUAUUGUUAGUAGUUUAUUGCACGUCUUGUCCGGGACCAUGACAAAACACUCACGUCGAUAGUUUCUAGUGGUAUGCAAGGGGAGGUCACUCCUAAUAUGCUAUGCGAGGGAAAUAUGAAUGUCGGAAUGACAAGUGAAGAAGUGUGUCGGUCGACCAUAGGCAUAGCGAACGAGGAACGUAUUUAUGUCGGAUUUGGACGCAUGACAUCUUGUAUUAACAAUUCUUGAUUGUUUUCAAGAUGGCGGAGGAGGGAGUGUGUCAGUAUCACCAGCAGGAGCUGUGGGGGCUGGACUACUACCUGCGUGUGUACAACAAGAUGUACAUUCAAGAUGUACUCGCACUCCGACUCUACCCACACUGUAUAGAAGCGUUUGCCUACAAGAAUCACCCGAUACACAAGGUGGACGUCCUCGGUGUGGUGGUCCACGUGGACGAGAGGGACAGGUGCUUUAUUUAUGCAAUUGAUGAUGGAACCGGAGUGAUUUCCUGCUGUUGCUGGAAGCCUGACCGUGGACACAGUGGUGAUGAGACUAUGUACUCCACGUUGCCGGUGUCUCUGCAGAAGAAGGUUUGUGACAUCCAGGAUGAGGAAAAGCAGGCCACUUCAGGCUACUCUCAUGGUGACCUUGUGCAUAUAAAGGGCAAGGUCAAGGUCUUCAGAGAGGUCAAUGAAAUCACAGCAUUAUAUCAUGCCAAGGUAGAUAACCCUGCAGCAGAGAUUGUGCGUAUGGUGGAGCUGCCCAAGUUGUACAAGAUGUGUUAUGACAAACCCUUCGAGUUGCCGCACAGAGUGAGGGCAGACCUCGACAUGGCACGGGAGGAGGACACGACCGGAGUGAAGAGCUGUAAACGGAUCCUCCAGGAAGUGGGUGUGGCAGUAAGUGAACACCUUCGGACAGCGCCCUCUGUGAGAGAAUUUACUGCCAGCCAGAUGUGUCGCCUAGCAACCGUCACAGCCAUUCUUGCUCAGCAGCAGUCGCUAGACGAAAAGCAAAGUCCCAUAUCCAUGGUAACACAAGCACUCAAAAAGCUGGAGGAAGAGGCUGGGACAGUGUGUCGCCGUAUGGAGGCGUCGGCGCUGUAUGAGAAUCUGAAUCACAGCAGAGCUCUGAAGGAAGCCAUCUUGAAUGUCCUGGUCAAGGAGUCACAGAAGCCGAAGUACUCGGAACGAGGGUGCCACUACCUGCACAUCCUGGACGAGCUGCACAGGACUGCCCAGUACUCCAAACUCCACCAGACGGCCCUGCUGCACUGUCUGCAGGCACUCGAGACACAAAGUGAUGUCAUACGCACUUACCAUAAACAGUACCUUCCUUGUGUCACGUGACAUUUGACCUUGACCUUGUCUACAGUGGAGACACAAAGUGAUGUCAUACGCACUUACAAUAAACAGUACCUUCCUUGUGUCACGUGACAUUUGACCUUGACCCUGUCUACAGUGGAGACACAGAGUCAUGUCAUACGCAGUCACCACAAACAGUACAUGCCGUAUUACAUGAAACCUGUAAACAUGAUUUGAGUAUUUGUCAAACACUUACAGUAAAUAGUACUUUAUUUGU